AUGACGAACUAUAACAUCACGAUUACCUCGGACAUCGUCUGUCCGUGGUGCUAUAUCGGCCAUACGAGGCUCUCGAAAGCCAUCGCCGAACACAAAAAGACAUACCCCGACGAUAAAUUUCACUUGAAAUACCUCCCAUUCUAUCUUCAACCUCCCCCUCAACUUACCAGCACCAAUGGGCCUCUCCCGCCACCAUUUCCCGUAGCGUCCCGCCCGCGACGUGAACAUUAUGCCGCAAAAUUCGGCCCCGAGCGCGCCAAACAGAUUGAAGCCAUGAUGAUCCAGACCGCGGCUGGUGAAGGCUUGAACUUCAAGUUCGGCGGCAUGACCGGCGUGAGUCGUAAUGGCCAUCGCCUAGUCCACUGGGCACAGAACCACGGAGGCGAAGAAGCCCAGGACAAAGUUAUGCUAGGACUAUGGAGACGUUACUUCGAGCAGGAAGUUGAUAUCACUACUCUCGAGACACUCGUCGAAGUUGGCCUCGAGGCCGGCUUGGGCACCAAGGAAGAGAUCACGGCGUAUUUGGAGAGUGGCAAGGACGGCGAGGAGGUCGACCGGGUGGCUGAGGAGGCGAGAAUGCAGGGAGUCAAUGGCGUGCCCAACUACGAGAUCAAUGACCAUUGGGAGAUCAGUGGUGCUCAGGAUCCUUUGGCUUUUCGGAAGUUAUUCCAGCGCUGGAAGGAGAUGGAAACAAAGGGUCAAGUUCCUGCCGUGGCGACGAAAGCGGCGAAUGGGAAUGGCUGUUUGUGA